AUGGCUUGGAGUUUCCGUGGACAAGCCCAGCUGGGGGGCCUUCUCCUCUCCCUCCUGGGCUGGGUCUGCUCAUGUGUCACCACCACCCUGCCCCAGUGGAAGACUCUCAAUCUGGAACUGAACGAGAUGGAGACCUGGAGCAUGGGUCUCUGGGAGGUCUGCGUGAAUCAGGAGGAAAUCGCCACUGUGUGCAAGGCCUUUGACUCCUUCUUGUCUCUGCCCCAGGAGCUCCAGGUCUCCCGUAUCCUCAUGGUGAUGUCCCAUGGGCUGGGACUUUUGGGGCUUCUGCUCUCUGGGCUUGGGUCUGAAUACUUCCAGUUUCGCGGGCUCAGAUGGGUACUUAAGAGGCGACUUUGCCUUCUUGGAGGCACUUUGGAGGCAUCAGCAUCAGUCACUACUCUCUUUCCAGUUUCCUGGGUGGCCCACGCCACCAUCCAAGACUUCUGGGAUGACAGCACUCCUGAGAUUGUACCUCGGUGGGAAUUUGGAGACGCCCUCUACGUGGGCUGGGCAGCUGGUGUUCUCUUGGCCCUGGGUGGAUUACUUCUCAUCUUCUCGAUUUGCCUGGAAAAGGAAGAGGUGUCCUCUCCCUGGAUGGCUGUCUCUACAGCCUGUGUUCCAGCAGAGGAAUUCAACCGUUCCUUCCAUCUAACACCAAGACCGAGGAACCAGGUCAUCUAG